AUGGCUAGUUUCUUGAGAGUUGACAAGACUAAGAUCGUGGAUGAGGAUAGCAAGGAGGUGGUUCUUCGAGGCGCAGGCCUGGGAGGCUGGAUGACGAUGGAGAAUUUCAUCUCAGGUUAUCCUGGAUGCGAGUUCCAGAUCCGCGAGGCGCUCGCUGAAGUCAUAGGCAAAGAGAAGUCAGAGUAUUUCUUCGACAAGUUCCUCGAGCACUUCUUCGCCGAGCCGGAUGCCGCGUUCUUCAAGUCCCUCGGCCUGAACUGCAUCCGCAUCGCCAUCAGCUACCGCCACUUCGAGGACGACCUGAACCCUCGCGUGCUCAAGCCCGAGGGCUUCAAGCACCUCGACCGCGCCGUCGCCGCCUGCGCCAAGCACGGCAUCUACACCAUCCUCGACAUGCACACCGCGCCCGGCGGCCAGAACGGCGGCUGGCACUCGGACGCGGGAACGCACAUCGCCAACUUCUGGAUCCACAAGGACUUCCAGGACCGCCUCGUCUGGCUCUGGACCGAGGUCGCGCGGCACUACAAGGACGAGAAGUGGAUCGCAGGCUACAACCUGAUGAACGAGCCCGCAGACCCGAGCAACUGCGCGGGGCUCGUCAGCUUCUACGACCGCGCGGCGGCGGCGGUCCGCGCGGUCGACCCGCGCCACGUGCUCUUCCUCGACGGGAACACCUACGCGACCGACUUCUCCGGCUUCCCCGAGGACGCGGGCGCGCGCUGGCCGAACGCCGCGUUCGCGAUCCACGACUACUCGCUCUACGGCUUCCCGCUCGCCCCGGAGCCGUACGCGCGCACCGAGGAGCAGCGGCGCCGGAUGCGCCGGAGCUACGAGAAGAAGCGCGAGUGGAUGGACGCGCGCGGGCUGUGUGUGUGGAACGGGGAGUGGGGGCCGGUGUAUGCGCGGAGGGAGUACGAGGGCGAGCGGACGGACGAGAUCAACGAGGUCAGGUACAAGGUGCUCAACGACCAGCUGGAGAUGUACGCCAAGGACCGCCUGAGUUGGUCGAUUUGGCUGUACAAAGACAUCGGCUUCCAGGGCAUGGCGUACGUGUCGCCGGACACGGCCUACAGGAGGCUCUUCAAGGACCACCUGGAGAGGAAGUACCGCCUCGCUGCGGACUCGUGGGGCGCAGACGACAAAUAUGUCCGCCAUGCCUACGAGCCGAUCGUGCAGCUCAUCAAGGACAACGUCCCAAACGAGGAGCACCGCCGCUUGUACCCGUACCCGGUGUGGACGGUAGAAGGUCGUGUGGCAAGGCUCGCGCGGUGCAUGCUCAUCGGCGAGUUCAUGGUGAAGGAGUGGGCGGACCAUUUCAAGGGGAUGGACUACGAGCAACUUGACGAGCUGGCCGAGAGCUUCAAGUUCGCGAACUGCUUGGAGAGGGAGGGGCUCAACAAAGUCUUGAGGCAGCAUGCAGAGCAGGCGGAAGUCAACUAG